UCCCUCCUUAUCGUACCUCUCUCCCCUUGGUCCCCUGAAAUCUGGAACAAGAACCGCGUGGCGAGGCGGCCCGAUACCAGUGGCACCGUGGAACUCGGUACCAGCGGAGGUCUCCCGAGGAAGACGUAAACUUCUACCGAAUCGUCCACGUUGCGAGGUCUUCGUCUUGGAUGUUUCGAGAGGAUCGGACAAGCGAAAGAAAGAGAGAGAGGAGAAUUUUCCGAAGAAACGUAGCUUCUUCUCUGAGAGUAACCUCAGACUGCGACGUCGAGGCUGAGAGGACGACCUCGGAGAUAUCCUCCGGAAGAUCCGCGAAGACACAGAGAGACAUUGUCGACGACAUUUCCACGGAGAAACAAUCCCGAGGAAAUUAUCUCGUGGAACUUAAAGAGAACUUUGUUGUAAUUUUAAUUACAAUUGCUACAUCGUCGGUCGGGGAACGUCAAGAUGGUACAGCGCACGAGCAAAACGGGAACCGUGCUAUUGGCAGCGUUCCUCCUCCUGAGCGUGUUGAGCAUCGUCGACUCGGUGCCUCUCAACAAAUCGCUCCGCGGCACGUUGAGACUGUGCUCCAGGAGUUUGAGCGACGCACUGUACCUCGUGUGCCGGGAACGCGGCUACAAUGAGUACUAUGGCGAUGACGACGAGCCGCGGGCCGACAACGGCCAGGGUCUCGUCGACGAGUGCUGUUACCACCCGUGCACCUACGAACAGCUCGAACAGUACUGCAAGCCGAUGCCGGGGGAGAAGCGGGACGAAUCGAGGGACGUCAUGGAGGAAACAUACAGGAUAGUCCAUAUGCCUUUUCCCUACGCGACGAGAGAUCUGUCGGAGGAGAAUCCGACAUCGGAGAUGGGCUACGCCGGCGGUGCGAUAAAACGUAAGGUCGAUGGUAUGAAAAGGGAACGGCACAGGGGGAAAGAUGGUCGCAAAGAUGUCGGUGAAUGCAAGGGAAGGGCUGCUGCGAAAAAGCGACACCGCGGCAGGCACUGCAGAUGCCGGCGUCGGCGUCUGGAGUGUCGUCGAACUGGCAAGGUUUCACGCGGCGACAUUAAGCCUCUAGAUAACAAAUUCGUGAUGUCAUCGGCGGUGGACAAGCCUACGUCGUUUUCUACCGUGUUGUAAUGCGUCGCUGAAAACAAUGCAAUUAAUUAGCAAUCGUUCAUCCUCCGGGGGAUCCAGAUUAAGAGACGUCUCCGAGAAGCGACAACAAGGUUUUCUCUUUUUGAGACCACUCAUCAGUCAUGCGGCGACUGUGUUGUCGCUAACUGUGUGUCGAUCGAUCGUGGUCCUUUCUUGGAUUUCGGAUUUGGAAGAAUCCCCGAUUUUGAGGCAGUAGUGAGGAUCAAUCGUCUCGCGACAUUGAAGAUUUCGGGGAGAGAUUCACGGCGAUCUUCCGACGCCUCCCUCUAUCUCUUCUCAAAGAACUAUUUUAUCGAUGAAAGAAGAAAAAUUAUUAGUGAAGUUCUUUUGAUGAUGAUUUUGUAAGGGGAGUUAGUUACGAACUAUACAUACGGACGCAAAUCGCGACGGACUUGUGUGUCGUGGUCCGAAUAACGGACGUACAAUCGGAUCGUGAUCUCGUAGAGAAAUACUUUUUGUAACAAGUGAUUCCGGUGUAAGCGCGCUUUCAGAUACGAGGAACAGCUCGGCUCGAAUACCCGCCGGUGAUCCUAGUUGUAUUGCCGAUUGAUGAUCUCAUUAGUAUUAAAAAAAGCAAUUUACGUUGCACUCGUUAGAUUUUAGGCGAGUUAUACAAUUGAUAUACAUCGACGAACGCGUACUUUAUGGUCCGCCAGUGGAAUGGAUGAGGUCCAAAAUGCGGAAUAAGUAGAUUUUAGUGAGGAGCCAUAGGAAAUACAGGAUUCGGCGUAGUCGUAGAUAGAAGUUUUAUCGCACAGCAUGUAACGACGCCUUUUUUAAUAUACAUUCUUGAUUUUUACUUACCGGACAUCUUUAAAUUUUCUGUUGACAACUGGAUGUUAAUAAUAGCGAUCAAUAAACAUUUAUACGAAUUAA